ACAUAGUAAACUAAAUCUUAAAUAUUUCAACCUAUAGUCCACAACUUUUAGGUAACCCUAAAUCAUGAUUUAGUGGAUAUGAAUCUUAUGAUUUUUUAUUGAAAGAUUUGCAUUUCUUACUUAUUGUAAAACAGAAUAUAUUUUUUAUUGAUAUAGAUUGAGAAAAGGAAACAAUAAUUUUUUUUCUGCUAAUUUCACAAUUUUGCAACAGUGAAAAGCGAUUGUAAAAAUACCUUUUUUAAAUCAUCUUCUUCAACAUCACUAAAACCAAUGCUGAAACUUCAAAGUCUAUUAGACCUUGAAUAUGUGCUUGAAUUCCAUCAAUCGUUAAUAAAUGGGAGAAUUAUCAGCAUUUUAGAUCAGAAUCCCAUUAGGAAUUAUCACGCUUCACUUCCAUUCUUAAUAAAUUUACUACACCAACCUAAUGAAGAAGAAGUCAUUGCAAUCGAUAAGAUUAAUCAAAUCUUGGAUCCUGAUAAGAUCAUCAAUGAUCGUAAAAAGGUUGUGCUUAUGUGGAAUCGAUUCAUGAGAUUUGAUGUAUUUGAACUUAUUGAAUAUAAUGCUGUUGAAUUAAAUCUUACCAUUACAAAUUUUUUAAAUUAUUUUAAUAAAUUGUUUUACAAAAUAUUUCCUUUUGAUGCAUUUAUCUCUCCUGAAUUUGAUAUUAGACAAGGAUUUUCCCACCUGAUUUAUUUUUGUUUAAUGCCUCAGAAAUUAGUUCAACCAUUAGAUCCAAUCAUAUAUCCAGUUGAAGAGUAUGAAGAUGCACCUGAAGAAUUGGAUAAUGGCAGUUAUAACAGCAUUGAAGGUUCAUCUGGGUUCUAUUUUCCUAAUAAGACCAUUAUUAGACCUGUUCGAUCCGACGAAAGAGAUUUCCAAACAGGUGAUUAUCUAACUUCAAAACAAUUAAGUGAUUUUAUAGGAUUUUUCCAACCUCCACCUGAAUCAAAUAUUAAUGAUAUGAUUCAUUCAACUUCUGAAUUGAAUAUGAUUGAAUUGAAAUUCCAUAAGAAUAAAUAUGAUCACAUAUGGCACUAUUCUUUUUGUUUACAAUUCGAACUCAAUUCAAACAAGCAUUGCAUGAAUAGAAAUACAUUAUACCACAAUAUCUUACAGAUCAUUAAUCGAAGUAUGGAAAACUUUGGAUAUAAAAUCUGGCAGAGAAAUUCAAGCAAAUUUAAACUAGGCACUUUCAAAUUUUAUAUUAAAGCCGAUGCAGAAAUUGUUAUUGACUGGACCCGAUCUAUUCCUAUUCAAGUUCAUUCUUGCUUAGACUAUAUGUUUGAGAAUUUCAAGAAUGGAAGUUCAUGGGACUCAAAAUUGCCAUUCUUAAACGCUUAUUCUAGAUUGUUUAGGGCGUGUAUUGCCUUUAAUAGUUAUUCUGGAUUUUUGACUGAUGGUUUGAUGAUACUUUAUAUUAAAUAUGAACUUAAUGAUGAGGCUCCAAUGAAGUGGAAUCAUUAUGGAAGAUUCUUAUAUUGGAACCUUCCUUGUAAAAUUUAUGAAGUUAAACUGAUAUUGGAAUUUAUGAAUUGCAUUCAUGAUUCUGCUCAUAGUAUGAAUGAAAAGCCUAUCAGAGAAGUGGUCGCCAAGUUUUAUAGUGAAAUCAAACCUCCAUAUUUUCGAAUUUGUGAAACUUAUUAUACUAAAUUACAAACCACAUUGGAGCAUCUUGAAUGUAAAUUAAACAGUGAUACACCUUCAACAAUGGAAGCGACUACUACAGGAAUAAGUGAAAAGUAUUUUAAUGUACUUAAACAAAUUCAUUCCUUCUUUGGGGAGAGAUGGGUGCCAAUGUCAUUAAAUCAUUUUUUAAAUAAAUAUUCAAUUGAAUGUGUUUUGGGAGGGAAUCAAAUAUUUAAAAAUAAUGGAGUUGUCUUAAAAGUUAGACUUAUGGAUAAAACUUAUGUGGUGAAGAUUUAUGAUCCCAUUUAUACAUUAUCAAUUAUACGACAGAACUUUCAAUAUGCUGAAACGAUAAGGGAUUGUACAACAUCAUUCAUUAAGGAAUGCUGUGCAUAUGCCGUAUUACAACAUCAGGACUUUGUACCGAACGUAAUGCAAAUUGGAACCUUGAUAAGUGAUAAAAUUGAAAGAACGAAUGAUAUUCUUGCUGAAGAACCUGAAAAUAUAAAUUUAAACGGAUUCUAUAUUAUUAUGGAGUAUAUAGAAUCCAAAUAUCUAUCCGAUAUUUGUGAUUACAGGGAAAAGAAAUUGUGUUUACAAGCAAUUAAUACAGGCUUGAAGAGGGUUCAUGAUUGUGGUAUCAGUCAUGGUGAUAUAUUCAAUCAAAAUAUAUUAAUUAAGAACCUGGGUAAAUAUAAUGAUUCAAAAGUUUGUUUCAUAGAUUUUGGAUUUUGUAAAUUUUCAAAGUUGCAAACUCUCUUCCCAAAUAUUUGUACGAAGGAUGAUAGUUUCAAAGAUUCAACAGAUAGGGAUGAUGCAAGAGUAGCAAACAUAUUCAAUUUAGAUCAAGGGGAUGAUAAAAAAGGACGUAGAUUUUCUAGACUAAAUGAAUUCUAGAGAAUGAAAAUGUUAUUUAUAGACAAUGAUAGUGAAAUAUAAUCUACUUAGAAUUUUUUUUAUAUAAAUUUGUAGAUUACAUAAUUUUUUUUCUGC